ACGGCGACCGCGGCGACCGCGUGCCUGCUGGCUCCAUGCGACUGUCGCGCGCACAAUGACCGGCCGCGUGCCGCUGCUUCUAGCCCUAGCGGCUGCGUUUCUACCACUGGCGGAGUAUGUGGCAGGCGGAGGAGGUGGGGGGAUGUUCGGUGACGUCAACAUCUCCGCCAUACUGGACUCCUUUAGCAUAAGCUACGACAAAAGAGUAAGGCCGAACUAUGGAGGUCCGCCAGUGGAGGUGGGCGUCACCAUGUAUGUGCUGUCUAUCAGCUCCGUCUCCGAAGUGCUCAUGGACUUCACGCUGGACUUCUACUUCAGACAGUUCUGGACAGACCCGCGGCUGGGUUACAAAAAAAGGCCAGGCGUUGAGACGCUGUCAGUAGGGAGCAAUUUUGUCAAAAACAUUUGGGUUCCUGACACAUUUUUUGUAAAUGAAAAACAAUCGUACUUCCACAUAGCAACUACUAGCAACGAAUUUAUACGUAUUCACUAUUCAGGCUCUAUCACUAGGAGUAUCAGAUUAACUAUAACCGCAUCAUGUCCCAUGAAUCUUCAGUACUUCCCCAUGGAUCGUCAACUGUGCCACAUAGAAAUAGAGAGUUUCGGCUACACCAUGCGGGACAUCCGGUACAAGUGGAACGAGGGGCCCAACUCUGUCGGAGUGUCGAGCGAGGUGUCGCUCCCGCAGUUCAAGGUGCUCGGCCAUCGCCAGCGAGCCAUGGAGAUCUCCCUCACGACAGGAAAUUACUCGAGACUGGCUUGUGAAAUACAGUUCGUUCGGUCCAUGGGGUACUAUCUGAUCCAAAUUUAUAUUCCGUCUGGGUUGAUUGUUAUUAUAUCAUGGGUAUCUUUUUGGUUAAACCGAAAUGCCACUCCAGCCCGAGUAGCGCUGGGAGUGACCACUGUGUUGACUAUGACCACUCUGAUGUCGUCAACAAAUGCUGCUCUACCAAAAAUUUCUUACGUGAAAUCUAUUGACGUCUACCUGGGGACGUGCUUCGUGAUGGUCUUCGCCAGUUUAUUAGAGUACGCGACGGUUGGUUAUAUGGCUAAAAGAAUACAAAUGAGAAAACAAAGAUUCGUAGCCAUACAGAAAAUAGCUUCCGAAAAAAAGAUGCCUAUGGAUUGCCCCCCGGUUAGCGAUACUCACACGCUGUCCAAAAUGAGCACUUUAGGGAGAUGUCCUCCAGCCAGACCUUCAGAGGUCCGUUUCAAAGUGCACGAUCCAAAAGCUCAUUCAAAGGGUGGGACAUUAGAAAAUACAAUAAAUGGUGGCAGAGGUGCGGAGGAAGACAAUCCUGGCCCACCACCACAUAUCCUGCAUCCUGGAAAGGACAUCAGUAAGCUACUGGGAAUGACGCCUUCAGACAUCGACAAGUACUCGCGCAUCGUGUUUCCAGUCUGCUUCGUGUGCUUUAAUCUUAUGUAUUGGAUCAUUUAUCUUCACGUUUCUGACGUCGUGGCUGAUGAUCUGGUUCUUCUGGAAGAGGAUUAAUGGAGGGCGUUUAUUAACAUCCACUUAUUUUUCCACACUCUGAAAUUUAGUAGUAAUUUGAAACGCUCAACUAAAUCGGAAAAUAUUACGGCAACACUAAAAAUAAAUGGUGAUUUAAUAAAUAUAUUCUAGAUUUUCUUCCAUUAAAAAAAUACAAGAUGAAUCCGUGGUGGUGUUAGCAGCUAGCGUUGUCCAGAUACUUGAAAUUACUUCAUUUAUAAUAUGAAUAUGAAUAUGAAUAAAAGACUUGAAAGAUACGAAUACUUGUAGAUGUCUAUAUAAUAUUAUAAUAAUAAGGAAAUUUAAAGUUUUCUUCGUGUCUAAUGUAGAAAACAAUAGACUGAAUUUCGAAAUUUAGAUCCGUUUUUACAGGCUUAGAUUUCAAUAUCUUCCCUUACUUUGUAUCAAUUGCUAGUGACUUAUUUAUGAUAUACUAUUAUAAAUCAGAAAUAAAUAGGUAAAUGUGUUGUU